ACGUCCCUGGGCCAUGGCGUCGGGAAACGGGCCCGGCCCACAGCGCCCCAAGUCUCAGAUUUCGGGACAACUACCGGCCUCCGAGCCUGUGCACGGGGCGGGCUGCACGGAGAACGGUUCUCGGCGGCCAUACCGGCAAGACAGCCAAGGACUGCGGCGACCGCCCACAGGAAGAGGAAGCGGUGCCGCCCGCAGCCGCGCGGCAGCCUACACGCGCCCUAGGUCCGCCCUCCCCGGGCGGAAGUGAGGCCACUGGCCCCGCCCCGCAUCCCAUACCUCGCGAGACUUCGGAAGAGCCUCCCUCUUGCAACUCGGCCGCCAACAUGCCAUCCAGACUGAGGAAGACCCGCAAACUUCGGGGCCACGUGAGCCACGGCCACGGCCGCAUCGGCAAGCACAGGAAGCACCCGGGGGGCCGCGGGAAUGCUGGCGGCCUGCACCAUCACAGGAUCAACUUCGACAAAUAUCACCCAGGUUACUUUGGGAAAGUUGGUAUGAGGCAUUACCACUUGAAGAGGAACCAGAGCUUCUGCCCAACUGUCAACCUUGAUAAACUGUGGACCCUGGUCAGUGAGCAGACACGGGUGAAUGCUGCCAAAAGCAAGACUGGAGUUGCUCCCAUCAUUGAUGUGGUGCGAUCGGGCUACUACAAAGUUCUGGGGAAGGGAAAGCUCCCAAAGCAGCCUGUCAUUGUGAAGGCCAAGUUCUUCAGCAGAAGAGCCGAGGAGAAGAUUAAGGGUGUUGGUGGGGCCUGUAUCCUGGUAGCCUGAAGCUACAUGGAGGGGAGUUCAUUAAAAUGUCCAAGUACUUUUGUCUUCUG